GACUUCAACAUUCAGCAGUGGUUUGGGUGUUGAGGGGUAAGAAGGAUGUAAUAAACUUUGGCAUAAUCAUUUUUUCAAUCUCAUUACUUCCUGUUUCAUUUACUUUCUGACUUCCGUGCAGUAUAUUUACACACAGAGUUUUCUGUACUGUUUCAAAAAUGGCAGCAAUCUAUGACAAUUCUGCUUUUAUACAUUCAUACCAGCAGCGCUUUCAUCUAACAGAUAAGGACUCUGAUGAAAGUGAAGUCAGAUCUGUUAAAUGGAUUAAAGUUCUUCUGAUAGUUGUUGGUGUUUCUCUUGUUUUUGCUCUGGGUGUCAUCUGUGCUCUCAGUCUACUCUAUGUUGGUAAAAUCAGCAUGUGUGACUCUCAGCAACACAAUGAUACAAAACCAUCAACAGAUCCAGAGCAGAAUGUUGGUCAAAUCAGCCUGUGUGACUCUCAGCAAGACAAUGAUGCAAAACCACCAACAGAUCCACUGCAGAGCACAGAGAUGGAUCUUAAGUACCACAGAGUUAAAGACUGUCUGGACUCUUGCACUGCAUACGGUGCUUCGUCUUGUAAGCUUUGUGAAGAGGGCUGGACAGCAUACGGUGGAAAGUGUUAUUUCUUCUCUUCUGUAAACAAGACAUGGUUUGAGGCUCAUGAUUUAUGUGCUGGAUUAAAAGCUCAUCUAGUCACCAUCAACAGCAAAGCUGUACAGGAUUUCCUGGUGUCUAAAAUUAAAGAGACUCACUGGAUCGGUCUUAAUGAUCAGGAGACUGAAGGUCAAUGGGUUUGGUUGAAUGAUCAAAGUCUUGCAGAGACCGGAGUAAAGUUCUGGUUUGAUAACCAGCCGGAUAACUGGGAAGUAGAGAAUCCAUCUGGAGAAAACUGUGCCUGUAUGGGAUAUGAACUUAAAUUUUUAAACUUUUGGUUUGAUGCAUCUUGCGAAUACAAGAAAAAGUUCAUCUGUGAAAAAAAAUUUAUUGCACUUGAGUGAUGAGUAUUGUGACAGUUUUUAUUUUAUUGUAUAUUGAGGAUCUUUACACGUCUCUCUGUAUUGUGCAUUUAAAUCUUAUUAAAUUAAAGACAGUCUUUACGGUACUGGUAAGGUAAACACAUGGUAAAGUGUUUGUUUUGGAUUUACAGUAUAAC